UACCUGACGCACACGCUGUCGCGGCGUCCGGCUUUAACCAGCCAGAGCAGUCUGGCGUCACAUAUAAACCUCGCUGUCUGUCGUCACCAGGCUCUCCGGGACAUCACCUCUAAUGUAGACUUUUUUUCAUUUUCUUAUCGUUCUCCGUAACCUAAGCAACUCAUGUAGACAACAAUUUCGGGGCUCGUUCAAGAGUGUGCUUGCUGCUUGGGCGGAUUGGAAAUGAGCCAGAUUCGAGCGCUCGCUGGGAUCCUGAGGGGUCACAGUCUGUGGCGGCUGAGGCCCCCCGUGGCAGGGACGGACAGGGGCCCCUCUGACCCCCGCCACCACCGCCGCUGCUCCUCCAGGGCCCCCGAGCCCUCUCUCGCCAACUGCAGCUCCAGCUAUGUGGAGGAGAUGUACUACGCCUGGCUAGAAAACCCAAAAAACGUGCAUGUGUCCUGGGACGUCUUUUUCCGGAAUGCUCAAGCCAGUGCUCCGUCUGGAGACGUACCUGAGACCCGGCCCUCCAGCCUGCUCCAGGGCCGGGCCUUGUCCCAGACACCUGCCCUGGCCCAGAAGGUGGUGGAGGAUCACCUGGCUGUGCACACACUCAUCAGGGCCUAUCAGGUUCGUGGACACCAUGUGGCUCAGUUGGACCCUCUUGGAAUUCUGGAUGCCGAUCUAGAUUGUUUUGUUCCUUCAGAUUUAAUUACCAGCAUUGACAAGCUGGCACUCUAUGGGCUGCUGGAGUCAGAUCUGGACAAGACCUUCCAGCUGCCUGCGACUACUUUCAUCGGAGGGAGUGACCCCACACUGCCACUCAGGGAGAUCAUCCGGAGGCUAGAGAUGAGCUACUGUGGUCACAUCGGAGUGGAAUUCAUGUUCAUCAACAACUUGGAGCAGUGCCAGUGGAUCAGGCGGAAGUUUGAGACUCCAGGGAUCAUGAGGUUCACUAAUGAGGAGAAGAGAACGCUGCUGGCCCGGCUGGUGCGGUCCACACGGUUUGAAGAUUUCUUGGCCAGGAAGUGGUCCUCAGAGAAGCGGUUUGGGCUGGAAGGCUGUGAGGUCCUGAUACCGGCCUUGAAGAUGAUCAUCGACAAGUCGAGCGAGGCCGGCAUUGACAGCGUCAUCAUGGGCAUGCCCCACCGGGGCCGACUGAACGUCCUGGCCAACGUUGUGCGGAAAGACCUAGAUCAAAUCUUCUGCCAGUUUGAUCCAAAGCUGGAGGCUGCAGAUGAGGGCUCAGGGGAUGUGAAGUAUCAUCUGGGAAUGUAUCACGAGCGAAUCAACCGCGUGACAGACAAGAACAUAACCCUGUCACUCAUGGCAAACCCCUCCCACCUGGAGGCGGUGGACCCAGUGGUGCAGGGCAAGGCCAAGGCAGUGCAGUUCUACAGAGGCGACACUGAGGGAAAGAAGGUGAUGUGCAUCCUCAUACACGGAGAUGCGGCGUUUGCGGGACAGGGGGUGGUCUAUGAGACCUUUCACCUCAGCGAACUGCCCUCCUACACCACCCACGGCACCAUCCAUGUGGUUGUGAACAACCAGAUCGGGUUCACCACGGACCCGCGAGUGGCCCGGUCCUCUCCGUACCCCACGGACGUGGCGCGGGUCGUCAACGCGCCCAUCUUCCACGUGAACGCGGACGACCCCGAGGCCGUGAUGUACGUGUGCAAGGUGGCCACGGAGUGGAGGAGCGCGUUCAACAAGGACGUGGUGAUCGACCUGGUGUGUUACCGGCGUUUCGGGCACAACGAGAUGGACGAGCCCAUGUUCACGCAGCCGCUGAUGUACAAGCAGAUCCGGCGGCAGGAGCACGUGCUGAGGAAGUACUCAGAGAAGCUGAUCGCCGAGGGCGUGGUCACCCUGCAGGAGUUUGAGGAAGAAAUAGCAAAAUAUGAUAAAAUCUGUGAAGAGGCAUAUACAAGCUCAAAAGAUGAGAAGAUCUUACACAUCCGCCACUGGCUGGACUCACCUUGGCCAAAUUUCUUCACAGCUGAAGGAGAGCCUAAGAGCAUGACCUGCCCUUCCACAGGAUUAGAGGAAGAGACUCUACUGCACAUUGGCCAAACAGCCAGCUCUGUACCUGUACAGGACUUUACUGUACACCCAGGCGUGUUGCGUAUCCUCCGAGGCCGGGCGGACAUGACCCGGAAGCGGCUGGUGGACUGGGCUCUGGGGGAGUACAUGGCGUUCGGGUCCCUGCUGAAGGACGGGAUUCACGUGCGGCUCAGCGGACAGGAUGUGGAGCGCGGGACUUUCAGCCACCGCCAUCAUGUUCUCCAUGACCAGGAAGUGGAUAAGAGGUUCUGUGUUCCUAUGAACCACCUGUGGGAAAGCCAGGCGCCGUACACUGUGUGCAACAGCUCGCUGUCUGAGUACGGUGUCUUAGGCUUUGAGCUGGGUUUUGCCAUGGCGAGCCCUAACGCUCUGGUGUGCUGGGAGGCCCAGUUUGGGGAUUUCCACAACACAGCCCAGUGCAUCAUAGACCAGUUCAUCGCUCCGGGCCAGGCCAAGUGGGUACGCAACAACGGCAUCGUCUUGCUGCUGCCCCACGGCAUGGAGGGAAUGGGUCCAGAGCACUCGUCAGCACGGCCUGAACGAUUCCUCCAGAUGAGUAAGGACGACUCGGAUCGCUAUCCUGAAUUCACCGGGGACUUUGAGGUCCAGCAGCUGUUUGACUGUAACUGGAUUGUGGUGAACUGCUCAACGCCGGCCAACUACUUCCACGUGCUGCGGAGACAGAUCUUACUCCCAUUCCGCAAGCCGUUAAUUAUCUUCACCCCAAAAUCCCUGCUGAGGCACCCAGAUGCCAGGUCUAGUUUUGAUGACAUGACAACAGGCACCAGGUUCCAGCGGAUCAUCGCAGAGGAGGGUCCUGCCAGCACCAGGCCCGAGAGGGUGAAACGGGUCAUAUUCUGCACGGGGAAGGUGUACUAUGAACUGGCUAAAGAGAGAAAGCAGCAGGACCUGGAAAAUGAUGUUGCUAUAAUCAGGCUAGAGCAGCUAUCGCCAUUCCCCUUCGACCUGGUCAAAGCAGAGGUUGAAAAAUACGGCAAUGCUGAGCUGAUAUGGUGCCAGGAGGAGCACAAGAACAUGGGCUACUACGACUACAUCAGACCGCGCUUCCUCACGGUGCUCUCCGACCAUCGGCCAAUAUGGUACGUUGGCCGUGAUCCAGCGGCAGCUCCAGCCACAGGGAAUAAAGUGACUCACCUGGCCGAGCUGAAGAGAUUCCUGGACACAGCCUUCAAUCUGCAGGCCUUUGAAGGGCGGAGCUUCUGAACCCCUACUGCAGACCCACGACGCGGACGCACAACGCAGGCACACAGCACAGGCGCACAGCACAGACGCAUGAGGCAUGACGCAGACGCACAAAACAGCAGCAUGACAGACGCACAAUGCAGGCGAGACAAUCGUCACAAUUAAAUCUGCUCUAUUUCAUUUGUGAAUCCAAACACCUGACUUAAAAAAUCUAUAAAUAUUUCACAGAUUCUUAUUUUUACAUAUAGGCAUCUACUUGCCCAGUAGUAAUGCAGUGGCUAGAACCAUAACAAUAGAGUUAACUCUAUGGUGAGUAUUUGAAUAGAACAGGGGUAUUAUUUCAGUAGCUGUAUAUGGGCUUGGCCCCAUUUACUGCUGAAACAGAUUCAUAAAGAGUAAACAAUAUUUAAUCAUGAAGAGCAGAGUACAACUACAUGCUGUAAAACAGUAAAACAAAUCAAAGUAAAGCAGCAAUUGUAUAAACUUAACUAGACAAUCAAUUAAAUAUGCAUAUUCAUGUAAAGCAUAGUUUUAAGCAAAAAGAAACAUUCUGUGUGUAACUUACAAAUUAAUGUAAGAGUUCAUUUUUUCUGCACACAGUUCAGUAACAAUCAAAGUAGUCUCAACUCAAAUUAACCCUGGGGAAUUAAAGACCUGUUUUUUUUAAGUUAAGGAUGAAUUGUUUUAAACAAGCUUGAUAUGGGUGACUCCAAAAUCAUUUGAAGCAGUGCUGGUUCAUUGUUCCAUUCAUAUCCUAAUGUAGCACAGAAUAUCACAAUGCUGAUAUUUCUAUUCAAUUAUAGGAACGGUAUUCGCUUAUUCACUAUAUUUGCAUAGCAUCGAGAGCCCAUGCUGCAUGCAAUUAUAUAAAAAUAAAUGGCAGGCUUUAUUUUUGAGCAGAUAUAUUUAUAAAAAUGAUAUAAAUUAUUGUAAAAAGCCUCUAUUAUCACCUAUAUAUAGUUGAUACAAUAGUUUAAGGUGAUAAAUAUUAGCUAAAUAUUAACUAUGAAUAUUUAUUUCAUUUUUUCCCCCGUUUUUAAUGUGGAUUAUUAAUCUUAAAAGUUAAAGUCACUGUAUUGCUUUAGCAGGGUCAGCAUUCAUCAAUUGCACUUUUUCACAAGUAAAAUGAUUUUCUUGUAGAUGUGGCUAUGUAUUCUGUCUUUUUCUGAAAAUGUAUCCAUACCAAUUAUGACAUAAUUCUAAUAUGUAUAUUCGAAAAGAUACAAUAUAAUAAUUAAUUUAAUAAACGUACCUACACAUAGGUUACAUUUGAAUAUAUAGAUUCAAUAAAUAUUCAAGCAGUGGGAGAAUAAGACUUAUUUAACUGUACCUAUCAUGAGAAAACAAGGUCUGCUACAUGUUACUUAGUAAAUGUCUUUGAAAAAAUUAUUGCUUUAUGUUUAUGACAGUACAUUUUAAUAAUAUAAAAUAUGUAAUAAUGUAAUAAUGAUCUCUGCCAUGAGUGUUACAGGGUAAAUUUGUCAUUACUUGCAGGUACACCUUUACUUUUUUCUGAAACAGCAAUAAAACAUGGUCAUUUGGUGA